AUGACUUCUCAAUUGAAUUCUUAUUUCAUAACCAAAGAAAAUUAUCAACAGUUCAAUGUAAAAUAUACAAUCUAAUUAGAAUAUUGCCUUUGUAAGAUUUGAUGAUAAUUCCUAUUAACCUCAACAACUUAAAUCUAUAUUAUAACAUAAUAAAAUUUAGAUCCAUGUAUUCUUGAUUAUUAUUUCUAGCAUAAUCCUAAACCAGAUGAAAUCAAAUAUAAAAGAAAUAAAAAACAAUCUAGUUGCAUUCCAUUUUAAAUAAAUGUACCAUAGUAAACCUCAAAUUCAACCUUAACCAAAUUUACUUAAUCCACUUUAAAACCUUCUUUAAAUAAACCAAUACCAAAUGAAGAUAUAAAUUUAAAAGAUUCAGCCGUCUGGGAAAGAAAAGAUUAUUAAAAUUAAUAAGUUACUUUUGAAUCCUUUCUAAAUCAAUAAAAUAUAUCCAGAAAUAACUCUAUUGAUAGUAAUAAUAAAACUUAAUUCAAAAAAAACCAUAGAUAAUACAGUCAUGUAGUUUAAGGUAAUUCAGGAACAUAUUUUAUGAUUUCUAAUAUCCAUUAAAAUAAAAAUAAUCAUAACAAUACUACAAAUUCGUAUUAUUCUAAUUGUGAUAAGUAUUGAAUUAAAUGAUUAUUUCUAGCUGCAAUUCAUAAAGGGAAGAGAAUAAAGUUGAAAAAUUAAAUGUUCUUAAGGUUUCAAAUUAGGAUAUUUCUUCUAAUUAAUUAAGUGACAGAACAAUCAAAAAGUAAAGUCCAAACAACAAUUUAUUAAAACAUAAGAAAAAUAGUCGAUGCAUUUCAAUGGGAGAAUAAAAAUAAUUAGGACUAACUCUAGAAUGUGAUGAAUCAAGCAUAACUAUUUUAAGUGAUAAUGCAAAUUAAACCAAAUCAAAAAAUAUUUAGAUUAACUAAACUAUUCUUUAAAAUGAAAUUGAUAAAGAUUCCUAAAUUGGUGGGUUUUCUUCAGAAACUCUAUAAGCUUUGAUGCUUUAAGAAAUAGAAAACUUUCCAAAUCCUGAUUAUAUGGUUUAAAUUUAAACUCAAAUAAGUCCAAAAUUCAGGGCCAUUUUAAUGGAUUGGAUGAUUGAUGUUUGUUCUGUCUAUUAAAUGAAAAGAGAUACUUAUUAUUUGGCUGUUGCAUAUGUUGAUUGUUAUCUAUCUAAAAAAGACAUCCCAAAAGUUGAUGUAUAAUUAUUAGGUACAGCUUCAAUGCUUAUUGCAUCUAAGAUGGAGGUAUCUUUAUUUAGUAUAUCUGAGGAAGUAGAGGCCAAACAUGUAAGUGAGUUUGAAAAAGCUGCUAAUCAUGGAUAUACUAUUGAUUAAAUUUAUUAAAUGGAAAUAAAUAUAUGCACUGUUCUACAAUGGCAUUUGAAUCUCCCUACAAUUAAUCUAUGGAUUGAAUUCUAUACUAAUUAAUGGGAUAAUUUUAUGACUGAUACUCAGAAAUAAUUUAGAGCUAAUAAUACAGCUUCAUACAAAUGUAAAUUCUAUAUAUUAUUCAAGUAAUUUUAAAAUUGCAAGCAUAUAUUGAUUGUUGCUAUUUAGAUAUAUAAACUUUGAAUUAUAAACCAAGAACUUUAGUAGCAUCAUUUAUGUAUUUAAUCUUAGCUAUUGAAUAUCAAUAAUUCACUAAAGAAUAAAUCUUCUAUGAAAUUCCGAAGACUAGCAAAUUUAUUCUACUUGAUUGUAAUCCUUUUUUUAAUUAAUAGCUUAGAAAUCAUUUAAUAAACUAUUUACUGAAUUUGUUUAAUUUAGUUUUGGUUUCAAUCUAGUAGAUCUUAUUGAGGUAAUCAAAUAUGCGGCAAAGUUUAUCAUGCUUGAUUUUAAAUUUAGUGACACUAUUUAAGAUAAAAUUAUAUCAGUAUUUUUAUUAUUAACAUAUUUAGAGACAUGAAGAUUUACUUAUAUACUAGAAAUAUAAUUAAUCAGGACUUUUGUACAUUUAAAAUAAACUUCAAAAGUGA